AUGGCCAACAAGCAGAUCUACUACUCUGACAAGUACUUUGACGAGCAAUACGAGUACCGACAUGUGACGCUGCCAAAGGAACUUUCAAAGCAAGUGCCAAAAUCCCAUCUAAUGUCUGAAGAGGAGUGGAGACGACUUGGUGUUCAGCAGAGUCUUGGCUGGGUUCACUAUAUGAUCCAUGAGCCAGAACCGCAUAUUCUUCUCUUCAGAAGACCUCUUCCGAAGGAUGUGCAGAAAUGAUCCUUUGUCUCUAAGCGUCUUAAUCUGGAACCAUGUACAUGAGUGUAUAUAUGUUGGUAGUAUUCAGUGAAUACUUUAAAAUGUACAAAACAGACAUCCAUACCUGUGCAUGAGCUGUAUUAUUCACAGCAACAAAGCUCAGUCAAAUGCAAUUCUAAGCAGGCUGCUAUGGUGUUCAAAGGAUGAAAUU